GCCUCUCAUAUAAACAACCUUAAAACCUUCCUUCUCUCGAUUAGAAAGGCUUAUUUGAACGUAUCAAGACAGAAUCCUUCAAAUCUUAAAUAUAGUACCAGUCCCACGUUUUUACUUAAAGACAAUUUGGAUCAAGGAUUAUCACCACGAAUCGAUCCUUCCAUAACGACGUUAACGGAUAAACAACGCGACGAAAUCGACCUACAUGCAAAAACAAUAAUUCAACAAUGCCUUAACAGAAUAAAAGAAUUGGAAGGAGCCGAACAAGUUCGCCAAAGUUCAAUUGCAAAUAAUACAUGGACUAAUAUUUUAUCAACCAUUUUUUCCUCUGACGAACGUGAUGUGUUGGCCGCAAUACGAAGCAGUAUCACAUGGUUUUUAAAUAAGAGAUUAACCGAAGUUUCGAAAAUUCAAAAGGAUCAACAAGAAACUAGGAUAAUGAAGGAAAUUGAGAAACGCGAAAGCACGUUAUAUAAACCAAUAGAAUCAAAAUCUCCUUCGCGGCCAUCAUCAGUAAUUCAAACUAUGAUAAAUGAAGAAUCAGAAACACCUACGAAAUCUGAUAAUGAAAUGAGCAGUAAUAUAGAAAGUGAUUAUGACAUUGAACAGCACUUAUCUGCAGAGCAGAAAAUGGUACUAGAAAGGGAAAAUGAAUCUAUGAUGAAGGAAUUAGCUACUGCAUUAGAGCAAGUCAAUCAAGCAGAAAAAGCAUUAUUGGAAAUCUCAACCUUACAAUCCGUCCUAUCUAAUCACUUGGCUGUACAAACUCAACAAACGGAUCGUCUAUAUGCUGAGGCUAUUGCUAUCACAGACAGAGUUCAAGAAGGAAAUUUAAUGUUAACAAAAGCUAGACAAAGGGCUUCUGAUACAAGAAAAUGGAUUCUUGUAUUUUUAAUAUUAGCGAGUUUUGUUUUAUUGUUUUUAGAUUGGUACGAUUAA